ACCCCGGUUUGAUCAUUCCCGCCAAUUUCCAUCAUUCGCAAUCCUCAUGGUUCUUUGUGACAUUCUUUGUUGCUUCUCCGUACUACUGGAGAUUAGACUUCUUGGUGUCUGUGGCGGUUAUUUCGUUUUUGUGUCAACAAUAUUUCUUCAUUAUUAGUCUUAACCACGAAUUUGCGUAUCUUGUGCACGAAAAGAAAUUUUUUUUUUUGCGCGAAAUUGUUAAAAUCGAAAAAUCAGCGCGAUGUCGGAUUAUAAUGCUGCAUCACCUCCACCAAUGAGCGUGUCUUCGUUGGAGCCUGCUACUCCAUCCAGUCGUAGAGCAGGAAGAAGAGUUAGGUCACAAUCAAGAGCCUCUGCAACAAGUGUCGAAACAGGAAUCACUACUGGGGGAGCAGCAGGCUCGGUUGCAGAUGAUGAAUUGCCUGAAUUUGAUGAUGAACAGGAUUUGGGUGGAGAUGAUGAUGAUAAUGCAGUUUUGGAAGAGGAUGAAGAUGAAGGAGAAGAGCUCUUUGGGGAUAACAUGGAAGCAGAUUAUCGGGCCAUUCCUGCUUUGGACCGCUAUGAUGGAGAAGAAUUGGAUGAGUCUGAUUAUGAUGCUAUCUCUGAAACAGGGCGUAGGGAAGCAGAAAGAGCCAUGCGCAAAAGAGAUCAAGAAAUGGGUGUUGGAGACAUGCGAAGAGGGCUCUUUUACGACGAGAGUGAUGAGGAUGAUGAAAGUCGCCCUGCGAGAAAACGUCGUUUGGCUGAACGUGCGGCUGAAGGAAUGGAAGUGGAAAAUGAACAGGCUGUUGAAUCCAUUGAAAACUUGGAGGACAUGCAGGGUUACUCUGUGAGUGAAUGGGUAUCACUUCUAGCCCCAAGAAUGGAAAUUUUGAAUCGCUUCAAAAACUUUCUUCGUACUUAUACAGACUCUAAAGGCAACGCAAUUUUUAAGGAGAAAAUUCGUCAUAUGUGCGAAGAAAACAAAAGUAGCUUCGAGUUGGAUUACAACAAACUUGCGUCCGAGGAGCACGUAUUGGCUUACUUUUUACCUGAAGCGCCCCUUGAAAUGUUGGCAAUAUUCGAUGAAGCUACGAAAGAUAUUGUUUUGGCUAUGUUUCCCCAAUAUGAACGAAUUGCUAAAGAAAUUCACGUCCGUAUUACUGAUUUGCCCCUGGUAGAGGAUAUCCGUUCUCUGAGACAGCUGCACUUGAACCAACUCGUCCGUACACAUGGUGUCGUUACUGCACAGACUGGAGUACUACCACAGCUUUCGGUCGUAAAAUAUGAUUGUAACAAAUGUUCCUACGUUCUGGGACCAUUUGCUCAAACCCAAAAUAACGAAGUGAAACCCACUUCCUGUCCAGAGUGUCAAAGUACUGGUCCCUUUCAGAUCAAUAUGGAACAAACUGUCUACCAAAAUUAUCAAAGAGUAACAUUACAAGAAGCUCCAGGUAAGGUAGUAGCUGGUCGUCUACCACGAGCGAAGGAUGCCAUUCUGCUUGGAGAUCUCUGCGACAUGUGCAAGCCUGGCGAUGAAAUAGAGCUCACUGGCGUCUACACGAAUAAUUAUGACGGUUCACUCAAUACUGCCCAGGGCUUUCCCGUAUUCGCCACCGUCCUUUUGGCCAAUCAUAUUGCUAAAAAGGAUGGAGAUGCUUCCACCCGUUCCUUAACUGAUGAAGAUGUCAAAGCAAUUAUGGCCCUCAGCAAAGACGAACGCAUUGCUGAGCGUAUUGUUGCAAGUAUCGGGCCCUCCAUCUACGGUCACAACGAUAUCAAACGAGCGCUAGCCCUAGCUUUAUUCGGAGGAGAAUCCAAAAACCCAGGGCAAAAACAUCAGGUCCGAGGUGAUAUCAACGUGUUGAUUUGCGGUGAUCCCGGUACAGCCAAGUCACAAUUUCUAAAGUAUGUGGAAAAAAUUGCCCCCCGAGCCGUUUUUACCACUGGUCAAGGUGCUUCGGCCGUCGGUCUAACAGCCUAUGUCCAGCGUUCGCCAGUUACACGCGAGUGGACCCUUGAGGCUGGUGCACUCGUUUUAGCGGAUAAAGGGUUCUGUCUUAUUGACGAGUUUGAUAAGAUGAACGAUCAAGAUCGAACAUCAAUCCAUGAAGCUAUGGAGCAGCAAAGUAUUUCGAUUUCGAAGGCUGGUAUUGUGACGUCCUUACAAGCCCGUUGCUCCGUCAUGGCUGCUGCCAAUCCUUUGGGUGGGCGCUACGAUCCAUCAAUUACCUUUUCCGAAAAUGUGGAUUUGACGGAACCCAUUUUGUCCCGUUUUGAUAUCCUUUGUGUUGUACGAGACACGGUCGAUGCCGUUCAGGAUGAAUACUUAGCGCGAUUUGUUGUCAAUUCGCACAUUCGCCACCACCCCAAUGUCACCAAUUCUGAACAGAUGGAAAACAAUCCUGUCGACAUCAACGAUACGAAUCUUUCUGGUGUCGAAAAAAUUCCUCAAGAUCUCCUCCGAAAAUACAUCACAUACGCUCGUGAAAAAAUACAUCCAAAGUUACACCAAAUCGACCAAGAUAAGAUUGCGCGUAUGUACAGCGAUCUCCGAAGAGAAUCAAUGGCUACCGGGAGCAUUCCUAUCACCGUCCGCCACAUAGAAAGCAUGAUUCGAUUGGCCGAAGCACACGCUAAGCUCCAUUUACGUGAAUAUGUUAUUGACGAUGAUGUUAAUAUGGCUAUCCGAGUCAUGCUCGAAUCAUUUAUCGACACCCAAAAGUAUUCUGUCAUGCGAACUAUGCGAAAAACAUUUGCUCGUUAUCUGGCUUACAAACGAGAUAAUAACGAAUUACUCUUCUUCCUCCUUCGCCAACUGGUCCAUGAACAAACAGUUUAUUUGCGCAACCGUUUCGAUAGCGAGCCGGACACUGUUGAGAUUUUAGAAUCCGAUCUCAUCGACCGGGCUCGCCAAAUCAACAUACUAAAUCUCAAGCCAUUCUACGAAAGUGAGAUUUUCCAGGCGAAUCGGUUCACUCACGAUCCGAAAAAGAAAAUGAUUAUUCAGACACUUUAAGGGAUGUCAGUUAUAAAAACAGCUGGACAAAUGAUUGCUGUGGUAACAAACAAUUUUGUCCUUUAAACAUGUAGAUAAAUUUUCAUCAUCUUUCCAUUAUCGGGAGGAAACCUCCUCUUGGCCGUAUUUUUUUUUUAGGUGAUACAUUACUAUGUAUUACUUAGUGCGUAUUUAAUGAUGUUUUUACGUGUCAUAUUAAAUGCAUGUUCUUUGCCGGUA